UGCGCCAUUUUGAAAUCGUAAUGCUGGGAGAGGCAGAGAGACGAGGGAAAUCUCAAAGUAGAGUGCAAAGUCUGAAAUUCACUAUCGAGGUCUGCAAGUCUUCCUUUUAUUUAGCUGAAGACGGGUUAAUACCGCGAGUAUCGAUUGGACGUGGACUUGUACGGUUCCUUUUGAGUUAAGUAGAAAACACUUGAGAGGUUUAUUCUGCUCGGACAGACCCGACCGAGCCGACCCGGGUCAGCACUCCUCUGCCUGUAGGGCCCGAGCCCGCUACAGAGACUCUCUGCUUGAGUCUCUCACCAUGGCAGGGGCCGGUGGUGGGAACAGUGAUGUGCAGUGGUGCUUUUCCCAAGUCAAAGGAGCAAUAGAUGACGAAGUCGCUGAAGCUGACAUCAUAUCCACUGUUGAAUUCAACCACUCUGGGGAGCUGCUUGCCACUGGGGACAAGGGGGGUCGUGUUGUCAUCUUUCAGCAGGAACCAGAGAGUAAGAAUCAGCCACAGUGUCGAGGAGAGUACAAUGUUUACAGCACCUUCCAGAGCCACGAGCCGGAGUUCGACUACCUGAAAAGCCUCGAGAUCGAGGAGAAGAUCAACAAGAUUCGAUGGCUGCCUCAGCAGAACGCAGCACAGUUUCUUUUGUCUACCAAUGACAAAACCAUAAAGCUGUGGAAAAUUAGUGAGCGUGACAAGAGACCAGAGGGCUACAAUUUGAAGGAAGAAGAUGGAAGAUACAGAGAUUUCCACACGGUCAACACACUGCGGGUUCCAGUAUUCAUGCCAAUGGAUUUGAUGGUGGAAGCCAGCCCAAGAAGAGUCUUUUCAAAUGCUCACACAUACCAUAUCAACUCCAUCUCAGUCAACAGCGACUGUGAGACCUACCUGUCUGCAGAUGACCUGCGCGUUAACCUCUGGAACCUGGAGAUCAAUGACCGCAGCUUUAAUAUUGUUGAUAUUAAGCCAGCCAACAUGGAGGAGUUGACUGAGGUGAUCACAGCAGCAGAGUUCCACCCAAACCAAUGCAACACUUUUGUCUACAGUAGCAGUAAAGGCACCAUCCGCCUGUGUGACAUGAGGGCAGCUGCACUGUGUGACCAGCACUCCAAAUUGUUUGAAGAGCCAGAGGAUCCAAACAAUCGUUCAUUCUUCUCUGAAAUCAUCUCAUCGAUCUCUGAUGUGAAGUUCAGCCACAGUGGACGUUACCUGAUGACCCGCGACUACCUGUCCGUCAAAAUCUGGGAUCUCAACAUGGAAACCCGGCCAGUAGAGACAUAUCAGGUGCAUGAAUAUCUCAGGAGUAAGUUGUGUUCACUUUAUGAGAAUGACUGCAUCUUUGACAAGUUCGAGUGCUGUUGGAACGGGAACGACAGCGUUGUGAUGACGGGAUCCUACAACAACUUCUUCAGGAUGUUUGACCGAGGCUAUCGGCAGGACGUAACUCUAGAGGCGUCACGGGAGAACGGCAAGCCUCGAUCGGUCCUGAAACCUCGCAAAGUAAGCACAGGUGGGAAGCGCAAAAAGGAUGAGAUCAGUGUAGACAGUCUGGACUUUAACAAGAAGAUCCUGCACACUGCCUGGCAUCCUCUGGACAACAUCAUUGCGGUCGCCACCACCAACAAUCUGUACAUAUUUGAGGAGAAACUAAACUAGCUUUUGUUAAACGGCUCAGAUCCCAGUUUCUGUCAGGCUCAAUGCUCUUCUUCCUACAUUCAAACAAUAUCUUUCCAUCUGUGGCUAAAUCCCAAGUUUUAAAAUGAUCUACACUUGGUGAUUUUAGAGAGAUUUAGUCCAUCAACAACAAACAGUGGCAUUAACACUGUUAGUCCAAGAAGGUUUCGCAAGCACAAUUUCCAUGUCUAUUAAAAAAAAAAGCAGUCAGAGUUUGUAGUACUGAGACCAGAACUUUGGAUUUAUUAUCUUUAAUUUUUUCCAGCAGGAACUCUCCAUUCAGCAGGCUAAUGUUUUUGCUACUCCACUACAUCCCAAACCAAAGGGAAAAUGUUUCUUUCUUUAUUCUUUUGUGCCAUUCAGAAAUGAUAUAUUUGUAUGCAAUAGCUACCAAUUGUUUCAAGUUUUAGUAGCUACCAUGCUAGAUUCGUUUGAAUAGGAAAUUCUGUCUACCUUUAUUUGCUUUGUCACCAAGCUCCUUCUUAUUGGCCUGAAACACAGCUAAUGCAAGAUAUCAACACUCCAUAUUUGCCCCAAGUAUUUGUGAAGUUGCCAAGUUCACUCACCACUACUUUCACAUGUCACGGUAUGUAUGUGCAGUUAAAGGGACACUUCACCCGUUAAAACAUGAAUCUGUAUUGAAAUGGGGUCAUAUACAGGUGCAAAUCAAUAAAUUAGAAUAUCCUGGAAAAUUCUAUUUAUUUCAGUAAUUCAAUUUAAAAAGUGAAAUGUAUAUGUGUUGUGGUUUAAUUACACACAAAGUGAAAUACUUCAAGCCUUUGUUUUAAUCUUGAUGAUUGUGGUUUACAGCUCAUGAAAACCCAAAAAUCAGUAUCUUAGAAAAUUAGAAUAUUACCUAAGACCAGUAAAAAAAACCAAAAAAAACAAAACAAUUUAACACAGAAAUGUCAGCCUUAUGAAAAUUAUGUUCUUGUAUAUGCACUCAGUACUCUGUUACAGCCCCUUUUGAAUUAAUCACUGCAUCAAUGCGGCAUGGCAUGGAGUCGAUCAGCCUGUGACACUACUCUCAUCUUCCUCUUGACAAUACCCCAUACAUUUUCUAUGGGGUGCAGGUCGGGCGAGUUUGCUGGCCAAUCAAGCACAGUAAUCCCAUGGUCAUUAAACCAGGUAUUGGUACUUUUGGCAGUGUGGGCAGGUGCCAAGUCAGGCUGGAAAAUUAAAUCUGUAUCUCCAUAUAGCUUGUAAGCAGAAGGAAGCGUUUUCAUCUGAAAAGAGAACGUCAGAACACUGAGCGACAGACCAGUUCUUUUUCUCCUUAGCCCAGGUAAGACGUUGGCUCUGGUUCAGGAGUGGCUUGACACGAGGAAUGCAACAGUUGUAGCUCAUGUCCUGGAUACGUUUGUGCGUUGGUGGCUCUUGAUGCACUGACUCCUGCCUCAGUCCACUCCUUGUGAAGCUCCCCCAAAUUUUUUAAUGGCCUUUGCUUGACAAUCCUUUCAAGUUUGCAAUUAUCCCUGUUGCUUGAGUCUUACCCUCCUUGAGGAGGGCAUCAAUGACCGUCUUCUGCAAAACUGUCAAAUCAGCAGUCUUCCCCAUGAUAGUGAAUCCUACUGAACUGGACUGAGAGACCAUUUAAAGGCUCAGGAAACCUUCACAGGUGUUUUGAGUUAAUUAGCUGAUUAGAGUGUGACACCUUGAGUCUACAAUAUUGAACUUUUCGCAAUAUACUACUUUUCUGAGAUACUAAUUUUUGGGUUUUCAUGAGCUGUAAGCCACAAUCAUCAAGAUUAAAACAAAUAAAGGCUUGAAAUAGUUGACUUUGUCUGUAAUUAAUCCACAAUAUAUAUACAUUUCACCUUUCACAAUUACUGAAAUAAAUGAACUUGUCCAUGAUAUUCUAAUUUAUUGAGAUGCACCUGUAUUUAGUAGAAAUGUGAAAUAAAUUUUGAGGUUGGUGCCCUCUUGACUGAGAAAA